UCACUCUACUUUCACCGGUUUGACUUUCACCAGUGCCGUGCAUGUACUAGAAUAUUUACAGAUCCCAGAUAAAUAAAUAACGAGGGAAUUCACGUUAAAGUUUGUAGCUGGGUUAACUUUGUAAGCUUAUGUAUGUAUUUACAUACCUACCGACUUUACACACAUUCCUAAGGAAAAUUAACUUACGAAUUUUUACUCAAUUUUCUCUUGUAUAUUUUUACGAAAAUUGUUUACAAAGUUAACGUACAUACGUCAAGAUUUUGUAAACUUACAAACUUAAAGCGUUAAUUUGCAGAUUCCGCACGAAAGAAUUUUCCGAGCGUAAAAAUGGAACUUCCCAAUCUGAUGCCAAUGCAUCGCAUGCUGAGCCAGUUGACCUCCCACCAAGUCCCGACGGACGAAGAUAUCAGCAACGUGGAAUUCAAAGCCGAACAGAUAUUUAGCGCUCUCAAAGCGCACAGUGAGGUUUCAAUUAGUCAAAUAUUUUAUGCCGGAAGUAUCUCAAAAUUCACUCAAGAUCGUAAAGGAUUUGCCCAACUAUUCGUAUUUCUGAGUGGUGUCGAGGAUUCUCCACCAAUUAAAGAAAUUUUACAUGAUUGGAGAUCUAUCAUCGCGAAAUGGGCGGACAAUGUGGACGUUGAGUUGAUCAAGAUGACCAACACAAGUCUCUACUUUGCUUGUGGGGAUGAGAAAUAUAUCAGCAUAAUUCCGUCCCCGGAUGUGGGCAAGGAUCAAGAAGUACACCCGAUCGAGGCAGUCGCAAAUUUUUUGAAGGAUCAGUCAGACUUUGUACUGCAGGUUGUCAGGCUUGGCAAACAUUGGUCGUCGAACUUUACCGUUGGCGACACACUAAUCCCAGAGAUCGUAUCAGCCCUGGAACUGGUCGCUGUGGGGGCAGGGAUUUCAGAAGAGGAGAAAGCGGAGAGUGUCGGCGAGCAAGGGAAAUUAAUGCCUUUUGCAUUCCUCAUAUUUUUGGAACAAGUUGCAAAAAUUGAUGAACUCAAGCUCGCAUUCGAGAAGGUAGACGGAAAAUGGAAAAUACGCGAAGGAGUUCCAGGCCAACUUUCUCCCCCCGAAGGGGCAGGACUUGUACCAAACUACAUUCUUGAACCGACGACCAGCUCCGAUUUUUCUACCCGAUUUAAAGAAACUCCCGAAGAGUUGGAAAAACUGAAAAGUUACGCGACCCGGAGUGAAACCCGGUUACAGACAGUUUUAGCCGCGAAGGAGAUUAGCUUAUCCGAGCUGAACGCUAUAUUCCAACCCAAUCCUGCUUCACCUUCUAAAGGUCAAAGUCAAGGUCGCGUCUACUCCGACAUUGACAUCACAUAUUCCCACCCACUCCCCGAAUUCACGUUUGGAAACCGGAAAUUUUGCAAAAUCCGGAAAUCAUACAAAAGUUGAAACGCCUCAAAGAUAAUUUAUCCGGGUCCGCGUACGACCCCGAACUUCGGGUAGAAGCCGUUGUAACGGUAUCCACCAAAGCACCAACGACCUUCAUGACCCCCACGCCGGAAUCUUUGAUUCACCCCGCGUUUAAACAAAUGCCUGGAAAAAUGGAGAAAAUGAUGCGAGACAUGUUUGAAAUUCCGGAAGUAGAAUUUACUACGCCGCCACGACAUGAAGAUUUCAUGGUGACGUGCACCUCCCCAGUUUCGGUAACUUUUGGGGAAUCGGGAAACGUGAAAGUUGCCGGGUGCAGGACUAGCAUUGAUUUUUAAGGGGAGAGUAAUAGACGGUUUCCACCAGCUAUCGCCGGUAAAAAGCAUCAUAUUUUAUUUUCCGGUGUUUUAAUAUUGAGUUUUCAUCAAUCUACUGCAAUGGUAGCUUUCAAUCCGCUCCUGUGUUAACGGCUGCAUGCGUGGAAAACCAAAACUCAAUGAUACUCAUCGGACUCUAUACAAUCAGGGGGUGGUCCCAGACCCCCUAAAAUAUAUAUAUUCUGAAACCUUCCGCCAAGACCUUUCAAACGAUACCCCACUGAUGGGGUUAUGUGAGACUUGACCUAUUGACCUUUUGAAAAAUUUGUUGACCUUGGAAAAAAAUUAAAAAUUCUUAGCGAAUCUGAUAAUACGAGUUAUUCAGAUAAGUUUUCACCAACUAUGAGGAAAAUCUAUCCAAGAUUGUUGAAAUGCGAGCUAUACAAGGAAUGGUGAUGGAGGAGCCAACUUUGUAUCUUGACCUCAUGUCAGUUUCAGGUCAUGGAGUACGGGUAGGACCUAGCGCUCCGGUUUGACCCUAGAGCAUGGUCUGAGGAUUGUCCAUGCGAAGUUUGACCGCCGUGGGCCUAGUGGUUGCUUGACAACGUAGGGAGAAAGUUAGCAAGAUUUGUGGAAAACGUAGUGCUUUCGCCCAUGCCAUUACAUGGAUGGGGUCAUGAAAAUUUUAAGAACUGAGUAAAUCGAAUAGUUCUAUCCUGGUGAUAAGGUUUUUGAGCUAAAACACCGGAAAAUAAAAUAUGAUGCUUUUUACCGGCGAUAGCUGGUGGAAACCGUCAAUAAUAAUAAUAAUAAUUCAUUUAUUGCAUCAUAGCCAACAGCCUUUGCACAUAUUGAAUGGUUACAUAUUGAAAAUCGUAAAGUGAAAUAAAAUUAAAAUAAAUAAUUAUUGGUCAGAUCAUAGGUCAAAAUAUUUGGCAACAUUGUGCCAAAAAAAAAUAAUAAUGCUAAGGGGAAAGUUACAUAAAUUACCGGUUAUGUAUGUACAUAUGUAAAUAAGUAGGUCACAAUACACAUAGUAAAUGAUGGAAUUUGGAUUUAGAAAUGUAGAAUCGUGAAAAAUGAGUACCUGCAAGGUAAAAUUGAUACCUGGGUUUAUGUAUGUAUGUAGUUAAGAUAAUGGUAUACUCUUAGAAGUGAUGUUCCCGUUAGAAAAGUGUAACAUUCACAUUCCAAGAUUGCAAAAAUAUCGCAUUAUUCCGGAGAUGAAGUCUAAAUCUUAGCAUCCGGACACCAAGGUUGUUGUCACCACUGUGACAUACCAACGAUGUAUUUACAUACGUACAUAUCUCGCUUUUGCAAUGUGCUGUGCGUGAAUUCGUUAAUAAAAGAACUUACAUACAUA